AUGUCGUCCAACGUUCAAUUCUCCACCGUCACGCCCAUCUUUCGAAUCUUCGACGUUGCCAAGGCCGACGUCUUCUACGUCGACUACCUCGGCUUCCAGCGCGACUGGGACCACCGCUUCACCCUCGACGACGGCGACGGCAAGGGCACGCAGGGACCGUUGUACAGGCAAGUCUCCCGCGGCGGCCUCGUCCUGCACCUCAGCGAGCACCACGGCGACGGCAGCCCGGGGGCCAACGUACGGGUGCGGGUGGGCGCGGGAGGGUUGGCCGAGUACCACGCCGAGCUGGCGGCCAAGAAGUAUGCCUACUUGCGUCCGGCGAUCGAGGAUGGACCCGUACCGGGCUCCAAGGAGCUGCAAGUUACGGAUCCGUUUGGCAAUCGCAUCACAUUCUGCGAAGACGCACCAAAAUAA